AUGGGCUUUCGGCUACCUAGUGUUAUUGCUAAGCAGAUUCUGAGAUGGUCUUACACAUCUAUAGAUGUACCAAAAGGUUUCCUAGCUAUAUAUGUUGGGUCAGAGACACAGAAGAAGAGAUUUGUGGUUCCAGUAUCUUAUUUGAAACAGCCUUCAUUUCUAGAUUUUCUAAGUAAAGCUGAGGAAGAGUUUGGUUACAAUCACUCAAUGGGUGGUUUGACAAUUCCUUGCACAGAAGGCACCUUCAUUGAUGUCAUUUCUAGCUUAGGAACAUCAUAG